AGACCAAUCUUAAAAGUGGGGACUACGCAGUAAGAAUUCGUUCAUGCACGUAUACGGCGCUCACAGUAACUUAAUAAUUAUCAAUUUUAUUAAUAGAUAAAUAAAGUCAAGCAUAAUAUGACACUAUUCAAGAGAUUUAUUUUUUAAUUUUAGUAUGUUGAAGUCGCUCAGCUACCCCCUUCCCAUACAAAUUGUCAAUGAUCCCUAGAGUUUCCGUGAUGACUUGAAUGGAACUACAUUCACAUUAUCAAUUAUUAAAAUGUUUAAAAAACCUAAACGAAAUUUUAGGACUAGAAAGGCCAACUCAAGUGAUGAAGACGAAGUAAUCGGGCAAGGGGGAGAACAGACAGGAGAGUCACUCAGCAAAGUGCCGGCAUCUCCUGAAUCAAGCGAGCAGGCCGCAAGAUCUCCAGAGCCCGUAACUGAAAGACUUGAUCGGGUACUGUCCGAAGUUGAUCCGGCACUGAAUAUAGUGGACCGUGAGACAUUGUCUGAAACGAAAAAUCCCAAAAAUAUUAAGAGAAAACUAAAGUCCGACCGGACGGAAUAUAACUGUGCGCUGAGCUUCCAGCAUGAAACGGAAGAUGGAAGUGAAUUUAAAGUUAAGAAGCCAACUGCCAAUGCUGUUUUAUUUAAAGCACCAAAGAAGGAGAUUCAUCUGUCUGAAGACAUGAAUAAUAUUCCAGAAAAAGAAUUGGAAGAUGAUAUGCCAAAAAUGAGCUCUUCUGAUGAGGACAGUGAUAAAGAAGAUCAGUUGUCUACAGGGAGUGAUGAUGACAGCAGCUCACAAACAUCUAGUAAUUCUGGUUCAUCAAGAUCUGGAGCAGAUGCUAUUCCUGAUGCUAAAUGCAUUGAGGCGGCAAAACAGCGUCGACAGCUUGCUAGAGUACAGAAGGACUACAUACCUUUGAACACCAAUCGUGAAUACCACAGACAGGGAAAUGAGACAGUGGAUUCUGAUGAAGAUUCAGAUGAUGUUAAUCAAAUAAUACACUUUGCUCCAAAACCAAGGACAUUAAGACAGAGAAUAGCAGAAACAGCAGGCAUGGAUGAAAGUGAAGAGGAAAUCCCUGAAAGCCUAGGAGAUAAAGAUGAUGACAUUCUUUGGGAAAAGCAGCAGAUUGGGAAAGGAACAAAAAUCCCACAGAUGCCAUGUGGUCCUAACUUAAAUGAAACAGAAAGAACUCAGAAGAAGAAGUGUUUUGUUCCUUCAUCUUUGCCUCCAGUAAACCUUGAAACAAUGAAGAAGCGACUUACUAAAAGGCUUGAGUCCUUGCUGGAGGUUCAUCGUGCUCAUCAGAGGAAUCACAAGAAAAUUCAAUUGGAUAUUGAAAAUGCGAGGAGCAGUUUAGAAAUUGCUGAGAAUACUAUCUCAGAUGAACUAUACAGAUUUUAUAAAGAAAUGAGAAUAUAUGCUGACAAUCUUGUGGACUGCCUUAAUGAAAAGGUAAAAUUAAUAGAUGAUCUUGAAUCAGAAAUGCAUGACUUGCUUAAAGAUCAGGCUCAAAAACAGUUAAAUCGAAGGCAAGAGGAUGUCAAAGAGGAAUCCUCCUAUAUCCAACAACUCACAAAUAAUAGUAGCUUAUCUGGCAUCUCUGAAAAAAAGAAAGCCUGUCUAGAAAGGCUAGAGCAAAGAAGAGCACAUAGAAGACAGAUGAGAAAAAACACUGCAGAGGGCAGCACCCAUCAUGAAGGAUUAUCCAGUGAUGAUGAAACUGAAGACACAGAACUGUUCAUGGAAAGAAGAGGUGCUGUUUUAAGUGAAUCAAAGCAGAUCUUUAAUGAUGUGAAUGAAGAUUUCUAUUGCAUCAAAAACAUUUUAGUAAAAUUUGACCGAUGGAGAAGCACAUUUCCAGAUUCCUACUAUGACGCUUACAUAUCCUUUUGUCUUCCAAAACUCCUUGCUCCUUUAAUUCGGCACUGCCUCAUCGACUGGAAUCCCUUAAAGGUAGACUGUGAAGAUUUUGAGUCGAUGCCAUGGUACCUGGCUGUAGAAGAAUUUUGCUAUGGCAAGCAACCUGAAAAUCCUGAAGUCAAGGAUAACCCAGACACUAAAGUUCUACCUUCAGUCAUCAAUAAAGUAUUAAUACCAAAAAUGCAAGGUUUUGUUGAACACAUCUGGGACCCUUCUUCAUCAACACAAUCGAGAUGUCUGGUGAGCCUCUGCAGGAUGAUGGAUGCCAAAUAUUCAUCCUUUGGGACUGAGAACAACAAAGCUGCCCAGAGCUUUUUGAAUGCUGUCACUUCAAGACUGAGAACGGCAGUUGAUGAAGAUGCAUUUAUUCCUAUUUAUUCUAAGAGGCUCUUGGAAGACCGAAGUUCCUUGCAGUGUCAGUUUCAAGACAGACAGUUCUGGUCAGUUGUUAAGCUUUUACAAAAUAUUCUGAUAUGGAAUGGCUUGGUAGAAGAACAUACUGUGAGGGAGCUGGGCCUUGACAAGCUGCUCAACCGUUACCUGCUGACGACACUUCUGAACAGUCCUGGGCAGGGCCAGCUGGAGAAAUGCAAGAAGAUUGUUGAAUGUCUCCCAGAGCAGUGGUUCAAAGAUGUGGACGACGGGUGCAGUUUGGUUCAGUUGAAGAACUUCAGCUCCUAUUUGCUGCAGAUGGCACAUAACUUACACAACAGUCACUUGGCUGAGGAGGGUGUCAGGGAUGUUGUGGUAUUGUUGGUGAAAAUCAAAGCCCUGGAUCAGGCCGAGUCUGUCGUCACAAAAUACCACCUGGAAGAGCUAAGCCUGAUUUAGCAGGAACACUUUAACACUGUUAUGAAUGUCAAAUAGCCUUUUUUUAUACAGUUUUUAAAAUACAUAAUUUUGAUGAAUAAAUUAUUUUAAAGUGCAAA